AUGAUAACCAUCUGUUUGUUCCCUCCUGUGACCGUCGGAGUUCUUGGCCUCUUCGUGGAGAAAGGCUUGGGAGCCAUGGAGUCUGCGAAAGAGGCUCAUCUGCUCGUGACGGAGCUCUACGACCCCGCCAACCAGCGCAACCCCUCCAAGGUCCAUGAAAUCCAGGCGCGUCUGCAGCAACUCCAGAAGGGCGAGCAUGGGUGGAUGAUCGCAGAUGUGCUUCUUCGGGAGCCAUCCACCCACCACCGUUUCAUCGGUGCUCUCACUUUUACAGUGAAGAUCAAUGUCUCCGGUAAAGAUAUCAAAGAAGACGCGGCAGUGGAGGCCAUGCAGCAUCUGGUCAACCAUUUUGUUGCAUUGGUCAAUGAAGGCGAGCAGGCCAUGGUGAUCAGGAAGCUGGCCUCCAGCUUGGUGGCUCUCUUCAUGCAGCCGGCUACGCCGUGGAAACGGGCCGUAUUGCAGCUUGCAGCUAGUCUCGCCAACGGAGGAUAUGUUUCGGAGGAUGGCUGCCGGUCAUUGGACUUCCAGAAUACGGUGAUCCCGGCUCUUUCCCAGAAACAAGUCAUUGCCUUGCUGUUCUUCUCGAAUCACCUGGCGGAGGAAACCAUGCGGCUGGGCGGGGACAAGUAUGAUCAAGAUGUCGUUGCAGAAGGGGAUCCGGAUAUUAUGCGCGAUCGCAAAGGAAUGUCGGUGUCUGUGCGCGUUGCCCACAAUACCCGGGAUGCGUUUCUUCUUUCCCAGUAUGUCUUGCGGCAGGUUUCACAGCAAGCCACAGUUCCGGAGUUGGGUACAGAGGCCAUGAACUCUUGGAAGGUAAGAUCGGAUUACCCUUUAAUUCACUGCGAGAUCCGAGUAUUGAUGGUCGCACAGACUUGGCUUGUUGUACAUGGAAACUAUCCAUCCCCAACGACAGAAGACAUACCAGAUGAUGUCUCUCAUCUCAAAACGUUAUGUGUCCAUGACAUUAUCGAAGCUGUGAGGUUACCUGAUCUGAGGGAUAGCGCAGUAUCUAUCUUGACCUCGGUCAUGGAGAGCCGACUUGUGUCCCUUGACAGCAAGACUAAAGGUCGGCUUUCACAAAUUCUCAUCGAGACCAUCAGUGCAAGAAAAAUGUCCGAUGAAGAGGAAGACGGGGACCAUCUGACACUUAUGGAUCUCCUGGUGGCCUUUGCUUACUACCUGGACCUGGAUCUUUUUAGGGAGCAUCUGUCUCCUCCAAAUAGCCAGCUCUUGGAACUUCUCCACAAUGUUUUCAAGACCCCUGGAUAUGCCGCAACGGAGGAUAUGGCAACACCGCGAGUGCUCGAAUUUUGGAACGAGACCGCUGAAUAUCUGCCGGACAAGCUCGAAUCCGAUGAUCCCCUAUUUUCAGUCGUGAAAGAUCAGCUGGCCGCAGUCGUGCUAGGCUUAUUCGAUAAGCUGCUAUAUCCAGGUACGGAGCACCUUCAGGGCUGGACCGAUGAAGAGCGGAGUGAAUUCAACAUUUUCCGCUCUGAAGGCUGUGACUACCUACUCUCGGUCUAUCAAUUCCUCGGUGUUGACCUCAUCCGUGUCUUCCAAGAGAGUGCAACAUCCAAUCUUACCAACCAGAAUUGGCGAAGCUUUGAGACGGCCAUGUUCUGCCUCACUUACCUAUCAGAGGCGGUAGAUGAGAAUGGGCAUGCUGAUGAAUGUUUGGAUGCUAUUUUUGGAGGCAACACACUUACCCAGGUCUUCACAAAUGCUGGAGCAGCUAUACCACUCAAAGCUCGCCAGACAUUGGUGGAUGCAAUUGGGAAAUACGAAUCUUAUUUCAAACGACACACCCCUUUGCUCCCAGGGGUUUUAACCAUUUUGUUCGAGUCUCUCAACUUUGAACCAUGUGCUCAGGCUGCAUCACGGUCUAUUCAGACUCUCGCAAGAUCGUGCUCUCAAGCCCUGAUCGGAGACAUUCCGGUAUUCCUGGACCAACUAGAUCAAUUUCGAGUCAAGCCAACGGCGACGGUCAACACGAUGCCCAGAGUUCUACAGGGAAUUGCAGCUAUCAUUUACGCCUUGCCUCAAGACCAGGACAAGGUGCAACCCCUGGAGCGAAUUCUGCGGCUUCUGGUUCAAGAAGCCCACACAGCAAGAAAAGAAGGCCAUGCUUCUGCUUAUGAAUCUGCUCGUGCCCGGGGCGACCUCGUUCUCAGUUGCAUUGCCAGCGUUGGGAAAGGGCUUCAAUCCACCGAAAUAGAGCUCACGGAUGACGAAGUACCUGAAGACGAAUCGUUCUGGAGUUCUGGACCGGGCACCGAGGUUCAACGCCUAAUCAUGGAGGCCAUGAGACUCCUCAUUGUCGACUUUCCGGUCGAUAUCAGCAUCAUCGAAGCCGCAUGCGAAAUCCUAAGAGCUGGCUAUACCGAGAAGUCCGGCCCAUUUGUGUUUCCUCCGUCUAUGACUGUCGACUUCAUCAAGAGCUUCCCGCUCGGCAUUUCCGGGACGGAUAUCAUCAUGGCCACCGCGUCCUCAUUUCUGGCGUCCCACGGCUCACAUCCACUGCAUAUUCGGGACGAAGCCGUUGCACUGAUUGGCCAUGUGGCACAACUGUUCUACACCAUGCUGGAAACCCCGGGUCUCUAUGACCCAGAAACGGCCAACGCGGGGAUUGAUUUUCUCGAGCGCCUGUUGCCUAAAUACUAUACAGUUUUGUUCUCACUUACAAGCCCGCUGCCGUCCCUGACUGAAGACCCGGGCUCGCAGCGGCCACCCAUUCUCGUCGUCCUGAUCAACUUCACACUGCAUGCCCUCUCGCGCCCGGAACCUCUUCCCAUUCGAUCCGCCUCCACCUUCUGGGCUAACCUCUUAGUUCUUCGCCCCAGCGCCUCAGAGGAUACAAUCGUGCUACAGCAAGUGCUCGAGCAAUUCGUGCCUUCUCUAUGCCACACCCUGAUCCAGCAAAUAGCGGGCCGUUGCGCACGCUCAGAUCUGGUGUUUCUAACCGAUGUCCUUCGGCGUGGGAUAUUCAAGCACAUGGCUAUAGCACGACCAAGCCUAACAACCGCACUGGAUGCAAUCGAUGCCCAUGUCGUUGAUGCAAACGGGCAGCACGUUCCGCUCUUAGAGCCGAAGGAAAAAUCGCGCUUUCUCGAGUCUCUCUUUGUUGCACGAGGAGCCCGACAGCAGUCGCUGGAUCUUGUGCGGUCCUUUUGGUUGAAAUGUCGGGGUGUGAGCUAUGACUAUGCGCGGUAG